GCGGUCGUUGCAGAGAGAGAAAGAGCUCUGACACGCAGCCGCAGAGCCAACUCGGUCUCGUUUUCUUUUAGUACUUACGAACCUGAAGCAGCAGCCGGUCGGCUGACAUUGGCCGCAUUCACUUCCGCGCUCCUCUUUUGACACCGCCGCCCCGCCGUUGCUACUGCCGCGCACCGUCUGCCGCCGGAAAGGAUUAGCAGACGACAUUUCGACUGACAGACGAACUCAGUGAAUCGACGGAGAAAGUGUUGGAGCCAGUGAACGAACAGCGCGUCCAUUCGAUAGGAUUUGCCAUAGGAAUCGAACGACUCUCGCACGCACCGUCAUGCCGCAUCUCAGGCCGGGAGACGACGAAUUCGGCGAGCACAAUGUCAUUGUGACGCGCAUUCAGCUGGAGGACUUCCGGAACAAGAUGCUCGAGGAGAUGGCCGCGCACCCAGAGCUGUACCACCCGAAGGACGUGCAGCGGAUCCGCGAGAACGACGACCUGUGCCGGCGCUACGUGCGCCACAAGGAGCUCGACAUCCCGGCAGCGCUCACCUGGGCAAAGCACUCGCUCCGCUGGAGGAAGCAGUCCGGCCUCAACGAUGCGACGGAGGAGGGUUUCCCAAUCGAAUUCUUCAACCAGGGGACGCUCGUUCCAUACAACACGGACAAGUUCGGAAGCCACGUCUUGACCCUGCGCGUGAAACUGCACCGCAAGGAUUCCUCGAUGGUGGACGAGAUGCGCAAGUACUUGGCCUUCUUCAUGGACAAGCUGAUGUUCGAGAAGGACGCGCUCAGAGUGACCGUCGUGUUCGACUGCACCGACGCCGGCGUCAGCAACGUGGACAUGGAACUCGUCAAGUUCGUCGUCACGAUCUUCAGGGAUCUGUACCCGUGGGCACUAGGAUACAUCAUUGUCCACAAUAUGCCAUGGAUUCUCAACGCUGUGUGGAAGAUCGUGAAGACCAUGCUCCCGUCUGACGGUGUGCAGCGCGUGAUAUUCACCAGCAAGGAAAGCCUCCUGCAGUACAUCGACAGGAGGAACCUGCCCAAGUACAUGGGAGGAGAGGACACCUACGUGUACCAGUACCAGAAGGGAAACCCCCUCGGCGACCGGUGCCCGCGAUGCACGCAUCCCAAGGUGGCCAUACCGUGAACAUUUUAAAGAGUUCAUCGAGUGUCACGUUGACCGUCCGGGGAGAGACUGUGAUAUGUGCGCAUCAAAGUUCGAGGGAGCGGCCCCUUCUCGGCAGGCCUCUGCGACGACGAUGCCAGGCGUGCUAUUCUGGAUAUUGUCGAAUUCCGCCAUAUGUUGUCCACCUUCUGCAAUGACGGCAUUUUGAGCCAACGAGAGGGGUUGUACCCGCCGCGGUGGCUCAGUCAGCUAAGGCGUUGCGCUGCUGAGCAGGAGAUCGCGGGAUCGAAUCCUGCCGUGGCGGCCGCAUUUCGAUGGAGGCGAAAUGCAAAAACGCCCGUGUGCUUGCGUUGUAGUGCACGAUAAACAACCCCAGGUGGUCAAAAUUAAUCCGGAGCCCUCCACUUAUGAGGCGUGCCUCAUAAUCAGAACUGGUUUUGGCACGUAAAACCCCAGAAAGAAGAAGAAGAAGAGAGGGGCUGUAGUAGCCCUGUGAGUGUGCCAAUCAGAACUGACAAGAUGGCGAACUCGACAAUAUGGCGGAAUUUCGCAAUGCCCAGAAUGGCAACCCAGGUCACGACUAUAAGUGCACCGUACCGACCGAACAGGAAGACCAAGCCAUUUCCGUGGUCUGGAACAACGCCGACAAUCGCUGCACCUGUUUUGUAUUUGUACUUUCAUACAUCACCAUCCAUCCACCUUGAAUCUGUCGAAAGCUAGGAAGGCAUUUUUUUUAUAUAUAUACGUUUGAGCUAGUCGAUAACUCUGAAUGCACGAUGGUGUGGUUUCCGUGUGCGAUACUUUUUGGAUGUAUGGCGCUUGGGGAUAAAGACAACAGUGACCAGAGAUGAGACUGCAAAUAAAAUGUGGUCCCUUGACCAUAAAACUGAAA